AUGGAGAACAGCAAGCAGCCAGUGAAGGAGGUGCUCCCCCUCCCCCGCCACCCUUCUCCACUUCCUGUGACCUCUUACUCUCUGACCCCUGCUGCCACUUCAAAGAAACACACCCCAGGCUCCAUCCAACACGUACAGGUGGCCUCCUCAGUGGUGACAUCGUUCAGCCAUCUGAAGCCUCCAGAAAGGGAUCUCACCCUGAUGUCCCACAUGAAGUCCAUUAAGUCUCUGAGGCAGGCCGGACUCACCGCAGUCUUCACUGGACAAACGAAGCUUGACAGCGAGGAGUUGUUGGAGGAGGUACCAAUCGUCGACGUGAUCCUGGCUGACAUCGACUCCCUGGUGCCCACUCACGAUGAAGCCGGCCGCCCCAUAGCAGAGUGGAAGCGACAGGUGAUGGUGCGGCAGCUGCAGGUCAGGCUGCAGGACGAGGAGGAACAGAGGAGACAGGUCAUGACUAAUGGCUACACUCCAGUGGAUGGCUGGAAGUACUCCCAAACCCACAACGCAGUGUUGGGGCCCUUUGGUGAACUCCUAACAGAGGAGGACCUGGUCUACCUGCAGCAGCAGAUUGAGACCGUUUCACUGCAGAAGCGCUGCCAGGCUUAUGAGCUGGAGCUGACCAGGCUGACCGAGGAGCUGAGGUCAAUUUUACCUGAUCCGAUUGUGAACAUCUCCCUCAACAAAGAGGUGCUACAGCGAAUCGAUGCAGAGGGGAAAAUGCAGCUGACUUUGCCAAUGUGGUGCAGUCGUGUCUCAGAGAUUGUUAAGAGUAUGUCACUGCUGGUGACUAAUCUGACCCAAACCACAGAAGAAGGAAGUGAGAGGGGGAUAGCCUUCAAUGGAUGUAGGAUUCCUCAAAUAGGAAUGGCGUCAGCUUUUAGCCAUCGUCUGGAGACUAACAGCUACAGCAGAGCGCGGCGGGAGAGGGUGGAGAGGGAGAUCCAGCUGUCCGGGGUGUCGGUCAGAAACCUGAGAUCUAACUUUGAAGGUCAGAUUGGUGGGAUUUAUCCCUUCGCUGGGUUUGUGAAUGGAGGCCAGGUAGCGUUUGGAGCUUCGAGAGUGAACAACCAGAACGCCAGCACAGGCCUCAGCUGUGAGGUGAGCCAUGGCGAUCCCCCUAAAAAACUUGCACCUGUGAUAGAGACUACCAGCUUAAGGAAAGAGCGUAUAGUGGUGCUUUUCCUGAGCCACUGGAAGAAAUCAGCAUAUGCUAUUUCAGUUAGAGCAGCGAGGCAGAGACCAGGACAGCAAACACCGUCAAGGAGCGUGACGGGAGCAUCUCCCUCACAGAAAAUCCCCUCCAUGUUUCAAUUCUGCCAACAACGAGGUGCUGUGGACAAGAUGCUUAACUCCUGGAGGAAUAAUAUGGAACUUAAAGAUGUGCAAAAGUCCUGCUUGCCCUCCUCUAACUCCUCACAGCAUCCACCACCUCGAGAAACCUACUCCCCAGAGCAGUUUCUGCCAGACGUGGAUGGUGCUGCAGUGAGCCACGACAGCUUAACCCUCGACCUCUUCAUGCUGGGAUACUUCCACAUCUUGGAGCAGGAGCUGUCGCCUGAGGAGAGGAAGAUGAGGCACCUCCUCUGCUUUGAAGUCUUUGACCACGUCGGCAGUUUCCCCUGGGAGCUGGUGCGGGACUUCCACAAGGCUGUUCUGCAGGAGAUCCAGGCUGGGAGACGACAGUGGAGCGACGGCUUCGAGGACAUCAAAGUUCGCUUCUUUGGGGACUCGAGACCGUGCCGCUGUCCGUCACCAUCGCCGUCAUCGCUGCUGUCAGAUUCCAGACUCAUACCCACAGUUGUAGUUCAAGCUGCUACUCCAGAUGAGUGUGGCAGCGACACAGACGUCUCUUGUUUCAACAACGAAGACAUUUGUAAAUACAUUGACCGCAGCUUUGCUUUCUGGAAGGAGAAGGAGGCGGAGCUGUUUGAUUUUGAACAUUAG